CAUGCCACUUCCAUACCCCAAUGUAGGCUAUAUACUCUGUGCGAAACCAGGAGUGAUCCCACAUGCACCUCCAAACAUUUUUUUUCUCUUGUGAUUUUUUAAGGGGGAUUUUAUUUAGAGGCGGUGCUUGUUGGCUCCGGAGUAGCGUCGUAACGGCACUUUUUUUUUUCCCCAGUAGUCCCUGUUAAAAGAGUUAGACCGGGGCCAGAGUUGGUGGUGCUGGGGGGUCGCCUAUAGUUUAGUAAUUUCCUGGGGGAUCAUGAACAAACUAUAUGUUGGGAAUUUAAGUCCUUCGGUCACAGUCGAGGACUUGAAGGAGCUCUUUGGGGAGAGGAAGCUGCCAGUGGCCGAGCAGGUCCUACUCAAAUCCGGCUAUGCUUUUGUGGACUUCCCGGACCAGAACUCGGCCAUAAAGGCUAUAGAGACUCUUUCUGGUAAAGUUGAAUUACACGGAAAGGUGAUAGAGGUAGACUACUCUGUGCCCAAAAAACUAAGGAGUCGGAAGAUCCAGAUCCGGAACAUUCCCCCUCAUCUACAGUGGGAGGUUUUGGACGGCCUCCUCGCUCAGUAUGGUACUGUAGAAAACGUGGAACAAGUGAACACUGAUACAGAAACAGCAGUGGUGAAUGUUACGUACGCAACCAAGGAGGAAGCUAAAGAAGCCAUCGAGAAGUUAACAGGACAACAGUUCGACGACUACUCCUUCAAGGUGUCAUAUAUUGUGGACAUGGAUGCUGCUCCGCCCGACCAGGCUCCCCGCACGCGGCGCGGGGGUCGGUCGUCCCGGGACCAGGGCUGUUCUCAGCCCGGGCCCUCGGGAGACUACGGCGCUCCGCGCACCAGACAACACGACUUCCCCCUGCGCAUGCUCGUGCCUACUCAGUUUGUGGGAGCCAUCAUCGGCAAGGAGGGCCUCACCAUCAAGAAUGUCACCAAACAGACACAGUCCAAAGUGGACAUUCAUCGGAAGGAAAAUGCAGGCGCAGCAGAAAAGCCCAUCACCAUCCACUCAACUCCCGAUGGCUGCUCCUCCGCCUGUCGCAUGAUCCUGGACAUCAUGCAGAAGGAGGCCAACGAGACCAAGACGACGGAGGACAUCCCUCUGAAGAUCCUCGCCCACAACAGCCUCGUGGGCCGGCUGAUUGGGAAGGAGGGCCGCAACCUGAAGAAGAUCGAGGAGGAUACAGGGACCAAGAUUACCAUCUCCUCGUUACAAGACUUAACCAUUUACAACCUUGAGAGGAUCAUCACGGUGAAGGGCAGCUUGGAGACGUGUUGUAAAGCCGAGACGGAGAUCACGAAGAAGCUGAGGGAAGCCUACGAGAAUGACAUUGCUGCUAUAAACCAACAGGCCAACCUGAUCCCAGGCUUGAACCUGAACGCUCUGGGCAUCUUCUCCUCUGGUCUGCCAGUGCUGUCCCCUUCUGCCGGACCACGUGGUGCAGCGCCUCCUAUGGCACCGGCAGGAUACAGCCCAUUCUUAAGUCACUCUUCACAUCUCAGUGGCCUGUACGGGGUUCCUCCAGGAAGUGCCAUCAUCCACCAGCACUCACAACAGGCUCCAGAACAGGAGGUCGUCUACCUCUUUAUUCCAACUCAGGCAGUCGGGGCCCUGAUCGGCAAGAAGGGCCAGCACAUCAAACAACUCGCCCACUUCGCUGGAGCGUCCAUCAAGAUUGCCCCAGCUGAGACCCAAGAUGUUACUGAGAGGAUGGUUAUUAUUACUGGACCCCCGGAGGCUCAGUUUAAGGCCCAAGGUCGGAUAUUUGGGAAGCUGAAAGAGGAGAACUUCUUCUUGGCGAAGGAGGAGGUCAAACUGGAGACGCACAUCAAGGUUCCCUCAACUGCAGCUGGCAGGGUCAUCGGUAAAGGCGGCAAGACGGUAACCGAGCUGCAGAACCUUACGAGUGCUGAGGUCAUCGUACCGCGGGACCAAACUCCAGAUGAGAACGACGAGGUCUUUGUGAAAAUCAGCGGGCAUUUCUUUGCCAGCCAGACUGCACAGAGGAAGAUCCGGGAGAUCAUUCAGCAGGUCAAACAGCAGGAACAGAAACACCAGCAGGGCGGCGCCGUGUCACCGCACCACUCCAAGUGACCAGUGGGGAGGUUCCGGCGGGCGCCAGCCAAUGAAUGUAGCCCUCCCAAAUGGACAGAGACCUACCCAGACAAAGGCCAAGGCCAAGGGGGACAUGCAGGGCAGACCAGCAGCACCGGGAUCAAAACCAAAGAACUUCACUAGGGGGGAAACAAGUGAGAGCCAAAGGCUGAGGGCAUUGUGUGCACUGCCAGCCCUGUGAGAGCAGAUAGAGCGGGAGGAACCAUACUGAUAUCAUAUAACAAAAAAAAAAAGACCAAAAAAAUCUACAAGAAAGGUGGAAAUGGCAGAGGAUUUGGGAACUGUUGUCUUCACAGUUAAUAAGGUAAACAGGAAGUAGUAUGUCGCCCUGCAAAACGUUAUCUCUUUAGUUGGACUAACAUAGGCCUAACAAACUGAUAAAGCAACGGUAUUAACACCAGUGUAUACGAAGCAUUGUGAUUUUGGGUUAGAACGAGAGUGAGUGACGAUGGACACCUUCUCUCACAAGAGUUUGAGAUAUUCAGAUUGCAAGAUUAAAUAUCCUUAGCAGUAUUAACACAAAGUAGAAGAGUAUAUUGAUACACACUGAGAGUACGCACUGUUAUUUUCCUAUCAAAAAUGACAGUACAACUCGGUGUAGUUUUUAAUAUGUUUGCUUGUUCCAGAGAUUGAUCGGGCUGUGACAGCCACAGAGAGCAGUUUCCCUUGUUUGUUCACAUUAUAGGCCACUGAAAAUCAAAAAGAAAAACCCCUAUAAUAAGUAAAUAUGGUGAAUGGGUCUUUGUAACAAGCCUGUGUGUGUGCCAACGCAAAAGAUAACGUCCCUUUGAAAUGUCUCUCACCAUUCAUAUCUGAUGCUUCACUUCUUUUUGUUUCACUUUUGCGAAUUUCUGCUUCACUUUCUCAUCACUCUCUCUCAUCUGGCUUGUGUUUUUUUUUUUUUUUUUAAUAGUAGAAAAAUAUUUGUGGUCAAGAGACACCUUUUUCCCCCGUAGCCUUUUGAUAACAUUGAACUGACUGCCACUUUCACUCAACAGAGGUUAAAUGCAACGGAGGGAUUAUUAUUUUAUUUUUGUUUACCAGUAAACUGGUAAAAUCACUCUCCCAUGCUGUACAGUAGAAAAUAUCUACAUUCAUGCUUGUUGUCCUGAUAUUUAAUAGGGUGUCUCUAAAGGCAUUCUCCUCGACGAGCAGAGCAAAAAUUGACGUCUUAAAAAAAAAACAAUGGUGCAACUUUGCUUGUCAGUCAUUUUGAAUGUGCACCGCCACACGCUCUGCCUUAUGACGACGUCACGGGGGCCGACACAAAGUGUGAGCUGAGGGCCCAGAAAGGGGACGAAGGGUUUAAGGGCGGGUGCAGACUCGUGGUGUGUGGAGUGGCAGUGAGGAAACGGUUUUGGGUUAGAGGGUGGGUGGGUGGGUGAGUUUAUGGGGAGGCACUGUAUGACCUGUGGUACACACACAACCGCAAACGUGACCGCAGCCGCGUUUGGCUUUAACCCUCUCUUUGUCAGGGAGCUUUCUAAAACGGCAUGACAGCUGUGAAUGUACGAUAUGCAGCCUUUUUAGAAAUAUCACCCCUGCCGUGUCCAGCCGGCCGGCCCAGAGGCACAGACGCACAGAUUGUCAUUCUCACUCUCGCUCUUUUUUCCUUUUAACCUUUUCUCUUGUGUUUGUUUUAUUUUGGCGAGCUGGCCGACCUCUCUGCGAGUGCGCUGGACACGCAGGUCCUGGUGUCCCUUUGUGCUUUACUUUGGAGACCAUGGAAGCUUGUUGCCUUAUUUUGUCACCUUUCAGACAUCAUCACCCAUCAGCUUCAUCUUCCAGACGCAAGGUUAUUGCCAAUACGCACAGCUUCCUCCGUGAGUGUGCGUGUGUGCGCGUGUGCGCAUGUGUGUGUGUAUAUAUAUAUAAAAAGAGAGAGUAAUAUUUAUGAAUCUAUUUUUUUCCUAUUUUGUGAUGAGAGCUAUUGAUAAGAAACAAAAAGAAAACAAAGUCCUUUUCUUUUUUUCCUCAGUGGGACACUGCCAUAUUAUUUUGAAGGGAAGUGUUUAUUUUCUUGAAAACUAGACUAUGAAUAAUAAUAUAAAUAAAAAAAACUGAAAAAAUAGGAGAACAGUAAAGUGAACCACCGCGUUAACUUUGGUCAGGAUGUGAACAGUGCGCAUGUCAGUAUUGUGAUCUACCUCAGGCUUCAGGGUACCUCAGUCCAAUCUUUCAUUUCCCCUUUUUCCACAUUUUGUAUGCCUUGUUAACUGAUCAUUUUGAGCGUUUUUAAUUUUCUUUUUUAAUGAAAAACAAAAAAGAACAAGACAAAAGAUCUACAGUAAUCUCUAAACUCUUCAGGUCCAGCCGACUAGUGAAACUUUGAAGUCAACUCUGUUGGACUGUCUUUGCCUGGACGCCAUACAACCUCUUAAUGAUAGAAAAAGGAUUUCCAAGUACAUUUUUGCUAGAAAGGAAUGAAGAGCAGGAUCUAAGGGGUACAUACCUGCCCGAAGUGGUUCUGAAUGUGGAUGUUGUGUACUGAUUUCACCAUCAAAAGAAAGAAAAAGAUACAAAUCAGUUGAUAGAAACAGAAACUAACCAACUGUACCUCCUGUUUUUCCCAACUGUACCUCCAGGUUUUUUUUUAGACUUUUAAAAAAACAAUGAAGUUUAUUCACUUGUGGAAAAAAAAAAAUGAAUUUUUUUAACAACCCAAUUCAAUCUUACCAGCUCCAUUUGAUAACAGCAUACUCUGGGGUUGAUUUGAAGAAAACAUGAAGCUGCAAAAAUACACUGACGGGACUCUUGAACAUGGUUUAAAAACCCUAGUCUUCUGUGUAGAAUGUAGAACAACUCUAGUCGUUGAAAUGUCACUGUGUACGACAAGAUAACUGUAUAUCUGUAAACAUGUACAAUAGAGUCACACAUAAAUGCAUCGUCUCUCUAGAACACUUAUCAGUCUGCACCUGCGUUGAGAGAGAUGGUGGGAGAAGUUUAGAGCGUCACAGCUUCCCUCAAAACUGACCUCUAAAUAGUUUUCUCAUCAAUCCACCGAGUUAAUUUUAUUUUUUGUUGUUGUUGUGCUGUACAUUUCAGAAUUACCUCUCAGAAUCAAAGGCUGACUUUAGUUACUAAAACCGAUGUAGGGCAAAAGAAUUAAAUAAAUGAAUGACAUAGUGAAAGUUA